AUGGCCAACCCAAUGGAUAGUGACGCUGGAUCCGAACUCUUCAACAACUAUGAAGCUGAACUCAAGCUCGUCCAAGCCGAUCUGAACCAGAAACUCGACCAGCUGCCCGAACUCGCCGGAGAGGAGCGCAAGGCUGCCAUCGGCCGAGCACAACGUUCCUUGGAGGAGGCCACCGAGAUCGAAAACCUGCCCGCAAACCAAAAGACCAAGACGAACCAGCGCUUCCGCAACUACACACACGACAUCGACAUGGCCAAGCAGAAACUCAAGGGCCUGUCCAGCGACAAGUCCGCUCUCUUCGGAAGACGCUACACCGACAACCCUACCAGCGACGAUCAGCUUGAGCAAAGACAACAACUCCUGUCAGGCACCGACAGACUCGACCGUUCGAGCGGCCGCCUACGCGAAAGUCAGCGCAUUGCUCUCGAAACCGAAGACAUUGGUCGCAAUACUCUUGCCGACUUGGCCAGACAACGAGAGGUCAUUGAGCACUCUAGGGAUGUGCUCCUUGAGGGUGAGGGCUACACCGACAGGAGCAACAAGACAUUGAAGCAGAUGGCUCGUAGAAUGGCUACGAAUAAGAUAAUCACCAUCGCCAUCAUCACUGUUCUGGUUCUCCUGAUUCUUGCUGUCAUCAUCAGCAAGUUCAGAUAG